ACAGAAAACUCCAGACGGAUUUGUGAACCAUAUUUUUCGUACAGGCAAAAUUCCCGACAAGAUGAAAAUGAUGUUGGUUUUUCUGCUGAUCCUCCUGAAGGAAGCUGGCCCGACCGCAGCCUGCAGCAGCAGCUGUUCAUCAUGGUGUUGGUGCGACAACAGUGGCUUCACCAGUGUUCCUCAGGACCUGCCGACAACCAUUACUAGGCUGGACCUGAGUCACAACGCCAUCACAACCUUAAGUCAGUCCGACUUCGCCAGGUACAGCAACCUGACAAGGUUAUGGCUUUAUCACAACCAGAUCUCCGUUAUCAACAGCGGAGCGUUCUACGGCUUAUCCAGCUUAACUGGCCUGUGGCUUAGAUAUAACCAGUUAACCAUUCUCCGAUCGGACAUGUUUGUGGGACUGGAUACCCUUCUGGAACUUAAUCUGUACGACAACAACAUCCACAGUAUCGAGGCAGGAACCUUCAACGCCACCCCACAGCUUCAACAGCUUUACCUGGAUCAAAACAACAUCACCAUUUUCCCUGAGUCCCCAUCACUUGCAAAUAUUUCAAACCUAAGGAUGAACCACAACCAGAUGGAGACACUUUCAUCCGCGGCAUAUGACAUCAUGUUCUCCAUCUCAUAUGUUAACAUUGACAACAACCCCUGGCAGUGUGACUGCAGGAUGCUUCCCAUCAAGCAAAAGAUGACCGGUUUCCGGGACUUUGAAAAACAGAUCCGCUGUGCCGGACCUGAACACCUUGAAGGAAAAAGCCUACUGUUAGUUGUAGAGCCCGAAGAUCUGAACUGUGAAGAGACCGGUUCUACGGACAGUACCUCUCCUGCUUCUUUCUCCCUCUCCGCCUUCCUCAGCGGUUUUCUUGGCGGGGUUCUUGGAUCUUUUCUCAUCUUGGUCAUUUUCCUUGCAAUUUGGUGCAUAAAGAUGAGAGCCAAAACGCGCCCUGCUCCUGUACCGGACCCCAGUGGUGUUUCCAGCAACCCAAACGGCGCCGCUACCGGCCCGACCAGCGGCCGGCAUCACACAGGGCAGGGCGCCUCACCGUCACGGGCAGCACAUUCUGAUGACGGAGAGAGUCGACCAGGAACAUCAGGGACGGUCCCGCCUCCGCGCAGCUUGGAUGACGGAGAGAGUCGACCAGGAACAUCAGGGACGGUCCCGCCUCCGCGCAGCUUGGAUAAGAGUUCCGCGGUUCUGCGGGCUCCACUCCCGCCUAUAAAGACAGCGGGACCACGAGGUGAUGUCCGGAACGUGCCAGAAGCUGCACAUGGUGAUGCUGCUGCGAACAUCUCCGUCCCUCUCAGCAGGCAUUUCAUCUAUCAGCAAACCUGCCCGUCUGGUCUGCCCAAAGGUCUGCCUGGUUUGUAG